AUGUCUGUAUUUGGCUGCUCCAGACUUCAUCGAGGGUCUGGAGCCAGAGCUGGGUGCAGGCAGCGGCUCCUCACCUGCAGCCCCAGCUCUGAGCACCCUCAGAGCCCUCUGGUCCAAGCCCAUUUUAUGUCACAACUGAGGAUUAACCAGCGCACCCUCCUCCUCCUCUUCUUCCUCCCGCACUUGGCUGAAGGGCCACUAGAUGGUGGUAAGUACCUGCUGACUGCAGCCUUCCCGGGGAGGGUGCCCAAACCCCCUGGGCUGCGCCGGAGCAGCCCCCCGGCACCUGCCAGCCCUUGGCCAGGAGCAGCUGGAGCACGUCGGUGCAGAAGCAGGAGCAUCGCCAGUGGGGUGAGCCUGGGCACGGGCCGAAUGACCGCUCUGAAGCACAGCUGUGCAGAUGUUUGGAAGCCAGCGUGGGUGACCCUGAGCAGCCACGGGAGCCUGUGCCAGGGCAGCGGGGAGCUGUGGGGAAACACUCCCUCCACUCUGCCCCUCGGCGUGAUGCUCAGCCCUCCCGUCUCCGUUUCCCCGUCGAUGAGCAUCUUGCAAGGAGCAGUUCCUUUUGGGGGGCAGCUGCAGGGCCAGUACCCAUCCCUGCAGCAUCAUUCCCUUUGGGAUCCUGGCAGGGACGAACCAAUGCUCUUGCCCAGGAUGCUCUGGUGCAAAAAGGACCAGGGCUUGGGCCUGACCGGCUGCAUCUGCCCCAGCCCGGCAUGGAGGAAAUGCCCCUUUGCACCCCGCUCCCCAUGCUCAGGCAUCAGGAGGCCUGAUCCUGCCCCAGGUGCACUGACUCACCCAGGAGCCUGGAGCAGAGACCUUCGUGCUCUGCUCGAGGAGGGGCUGGGAGCAGGAUGCUCUGACCCAGCGCAGGCUGCUGCAGCCCCAGGUCACAGCAGGACCCCUCGGCACUGUGGGCUGCAUGGGGGGGGGGGAGGGGGGGCAGGCCCCACGGUUUGUUUGCACAGACUUGAGAGACAGCCUCGCUGGGGGCGCGGAGGAUGCGCUGUCUGGAGAGCCUGGCCUGCUUCCAAGCAGCGAGGCUGUUUUUCUGGCAGGCGGCAGGGAGGAGGGAGAUGUGCCAGGCUGCGAGGGCACGGGGAGGGGGCCAAGCCACCCUCGCCUGCUCCAGGGCGGGGGGGGGGGGGCAGGUAACCCUCAGCAGCUCUGUGCGCCCACCAUGUCCCCAACCCCACGCAGGUGACAGGGUGGCAGCUCCAUGCCCAGAGCUGACUCACCGCCUGCCGUAACCCCCCCAAGGCAGCUGCCUGCAGACAUCAGGUCAGCGAGGGGCUGAGCCAGCCCCGCGCGUGGCAGAGGGGACGGUGUGUGUCCCCGGGGCUAUUGCCCCCAGCCCACCAGCCCUGCCUGGUGCCACCCAGGUGGGACCCCCCACCCCAGGGCACCGCUGCUCGGCUCCCGGGGGCACGGCUGCUUCCCACUGCCGCCACGGCCAGGUCUGCCUCUGAGUCACUGUUUUGCCAACAGCUUUGCAAAGCUGAUCAACACCACUAAAAAUAAUUUCUGCCCGGCUCUGACGCGCAGCCGGCAGCGGGGCUGCAGCCCUGAGGGGGAAGAAUGGGCACUGGGGGGGCCCUUGCUCCAGCAGCCCCAUGGGCUGCCCGUUCCAAAUCCGCCCUCGGAGCGAAGCCCCAGGGCCAGCGGGCUCCCGGGAAGGCGUCAAGCGAAGGGCACAGCAGCGCCAGGCCCAGCUCACGGAGCAAACCGCGCUGGGGACCAGAGGGAGCCAGGGGCAGGAUAGGGCCCCAGCCCAGGGAGAGCUCCCUGCGUGAGGCUGCGCACAGGCGAAGGCCACGCGUGGGCGAGGCAGCGGGGCUGUGGGCACAGCUGGCCUCACAGCUGCGCCAUUUGGAGCCACACACUCAUGAAUACGCAUGAAUAUGCAUGAGGGGGGGCAGCCAAUGGCAGCAGCACUCCGGCGCGCCAGCAGCUGCCAGCCUUGCACUGAACUUCUCCUGACAUUUCAGAUGUGCCUCGGCGGGUUUCCACCCUUCCUCCUCCUCCCCAGCACAUCCCAGCCCCUGUGGGGGGCCGAGACCCCCCCCCCCCAACCUCCCUGUGGGGCUAAGGUGGGACCCCUCGGCCCUGCCUGUCCCCUGCCACCACUCUGGGGUGGCCUCAGCAACCUCUCUGCUGCCCGGGGCAGGGUCAGCCCCACGG